AUGGCCAGUCCGCGGAGACAACAUUCGUCACACGUGUCCCGACCAGGCGCGUUAUCAACGCGACCUGAGCGUCUCAGCGCAGGACGCGCCGGUAUCAUGGUCAGCGGAGCGAGUGGCUCUGGGAGCAGUAACUCUGCCAAUACUGGCCAGUAUGUCAUUAUUGGAGGCCUCAUCGUGCAAGUCCUCAUCUUCGGUUUCUUCCUGAUCAGCGCGCUUGCGUUUCAGUGGGGCCUGACUUCGCAUCCUACUGUGAAGGGUAUGGCUGCUCACACGUCUUAG